AAAUUAUCGAGGAAACCAAGAGAACAACCAGAUCAAAAACACCACGAAUAUAACCCCAGUAUCACAAUGAAAUUCACCACUACUCUCGCUGGCCUCGCCGCUCUCAUCGCCAGCGCGGCUCCAUCCUUAGCCCAGCAUGCCACUUCGGCCACAGUCACCGGCUUCUCUGCCACUCGCAACGCAACCCAUAUCAACUACCGCGCCACCAUCAACGUCAACCCGGAAAACGCCCUCGCAACCUUCACGCACUCCACGCCCGGCACCACCUUGCCCACCAACAGCGGCGCGUGGACGUCCACCGACCCCAAGCUCGUGCUCCGCUUCAACGUCGUCAGCGCCGUCAACCAGGUGCGCGUGCUGCUGAGCGAUACGCAUGUCGUGGGCAACACGGUCAAUUUGAAUUACUUUGGUCCGUUUUCGGACUGGCAGGGUGCGAGCGGGGCUAGUGUAUAUACGGGGCCGGCUUCCUUUACGCUUGCUUAGUUGAGGACGGGAUCUUGUAUCAAAAUGAAUGUGCGGACCAUGAACUGUUGUUAUGGGUGGUAUCAUCGUCCUCUCCAUUCUUUCUUCCAGACUCGGGGGCGGCGGGAGCGCAAGCAGUGUAUGCAUUCAUCACCCACAGCAACCCCAUAGACACUCGUCGAUAUCUCGCCAAACAAAGGUCCAAUCCUUGUUAUAAAUAAUGUAUUUCGAAAUGCAAUAUAUAGCGCUUCACGUCGAAU